AUGGAGGCAGCGGGCCUCGUUGGGGGAGUGAUUGCUACCUGGAAAACAUGUGUGCAGAUAUUUGACAUUGUAGACCAGUCCAAGCGAUAUGGGAGGGACUUUGAGCUUUAUCGUGUCAAACUUGAAGUCGAGAGACUACGGCUGCUGGCCUGGGGUGAUUCUAUGGGACUCAAUGAGGACCCCAAGGAAGGCCGUCGUGCGAAGCCAGAUUCUCGUCUCCAGGAAGAGCGUACCAAGCAGGUCGUCCUACAGGUACUCGGAAGCAUUGAACAGAUUUUUGAAGACUCGGACAGGUUAAGAAGCCGUUAUGGUUUGACUGAAGAGGUAGCACGGUCAGAUGCGCGGGCUUCUCUGCCAUCUCUGCUCAAGAAGGCAGGUGCUACAUUCCGGCGAAGUGGUAAAGAUCGUCAGAAGACUGCCACGUUGAAACAGAAGACAGUCUGGGUGGUCCGUGAUAGGACCGAAUUUUUGCUGAUGGUCACGGAAAUACGUCUACUCAAUGAUAGUCUUGCCGACAUGUUUCCAGAUCUGAGUAUUCGUGAAGCUUUGCGGAGGGAGAUUCGUCGCACAAAAGAGAUCUCGUCGCUGGUCUUGCUGCAAGAAGCUGCCACCGAGAGCCUGGACGUGUCUGACAUUGUGAGUGAGCAGUUGGAAGAGAUGACGGUUAGCUAUCGAUCUGGUACCAGGGACGACACUGUCACUGCCACAUCGACAAGUACAGAUGGUAAUGGUUCGAAGAAAAUUUUCCCCUCGAAAAGGAAAUCAUAUGCUGCAUCUCGAGAACCGACCACACUGCAGGCUAUAGCUGGAGAUGAGGCUGCACUCGAUGCGCUCGAAAAACGUAUGGAAGUCAUCGAUGUAAUCGAGGCCAAGCUCAGCAAAGGUGCACUUGAAGUUUCUCUGAUCGGCCCUCAGGUUUGGAGUUCAAGGACAACAGCAUACAUCGGUUGGCGUGGUGUCGAAGAGGAUGAGUUUCGCACUUUAAAAUUCAGUGACAGGGGUUUUGCGAAAGCAUCGCACGCUUCUUUCGAAGCUUACAGAAAGAGAAAGUUUCUUAAAAAGCGUGUCAAGAACAAGUAUGGGGACGAAGACGACGAUGAAGAUUCUGCCGCGCUAGACCCCGAGGCGAGUCCGAGAUAUGAGAACAUAAACGCUGGCACCGUCACAGUGGAAGGGUUCGCAUUGGAGUGUUGGGUCUACGAAGAUGAGUACGGCAUCCGUAGAGAGAAUACUAUCAUGGUAUCGAUGUCGAACCCGCCAUCCAUUACUGCAGAAAGACUCCUUCGUCGACUAUCAGAACUUCAGAUACGAGCAGAUCGUCUAGGGUACAAUUCGGGACAGGACGAUCUCGACUUGCACGACUUUGUUAGUGACGACAGGAUAUGGUAUGUUUCCAGGACAGCUUACAAGGAAAGUGAUAGUACCAGUAAUCUAUACUCUACUCUCAAUCGAUCCGAUCUCUACGUCAACUUCAACACUGGGCUUGCGAUUACACGAGAAUGGUCGGACCCCAAGAGUGUCUGGAACCUUCUAUGGCAGAUAAUUCUCGGGAAGGAGCUUGAGCGACGGAUGCGCAAUUACCCUGACGCAUGGAUCAGUGGCUUCACUCCCCGAAUACUUGCCACACUCAUUAUCAGCGACCUUUGGAUCAGGAAUGUAGAAGUCAUACGGAGACCGAUUAUCGUCCCUCUAACCCUCAAGAAGAAACCAAACACUGCAGAAGAAGCGGCGGAGGCUGCGGAUUUCCAAAAACGAGGUGAUGUUGCCUUGGAGAACCAUAAGUAUCAGGAAGCGGAAGAUUUAUACACUAAAGCUUUUGAGAUUGGUGGCACCAAUGCCGUAUACCUCUGCAAACGAUCGGACGCUUCAUUCUCCCUGAGCAAGUAUGCAGAAGCUGUCUAUGAUGCAUCGAUCGCGACACAGUUCGAUCCCAAAUUGGUCGAGGGUUGGGUACGACUUGGUGCUGCGCAAGGUAAACUCAAUAAUCUCAAUCAGACAGUUGAGGCAUACAAUACUGCCGUCCAGCUCGCGGGCCUUAGCGUGACCCCGGCUAUAACUUCCAGUCUAGAAGAAGCAAGAGCUAAAGUUCGAACAUUCAACAAAGACGUCGAUGCGGAGAAGGACAGUAAGAAGAGGCACAAGAUGGUCGUUGACCAGAUGGACAAGAAGUGGAGUAUACUCACGGCUGAUAUCAAGUUCCAUUCACUUGUUCAUGAGCGACAAGUCGAUGGUCUACGGUUUUUCGCCGAGAAAAUGAGAUGGCCAUACUUGAACGAAGUGCGUGACAUCGCCGAAGAAGUUUAUGCAUCGAUACACAACGGAACACCUAUCAACUAUCAUGUGGCGGAUUGGUUCUAUGGCUUAUCGUUACCAGGCUCACAAUUCGCAGCUAAGGUCAUGGGGGCCUUGAUUCACUGUUCUCCCUCACUACUAAAGGAGAUAACGUACUGCUACCAAAGCAACAUCAUCCUAUCAAAGCAGACAUAUUGGCGGUCAACGAGUGUUCUCGGUCGUGUCCUCGGAGCUCUGCCAAAUGUAAAGAGUCUCUGUGGAUGGCUAGGUCCAUGCCCUUCUGUCGAGCUCGAUCCGCCAGAUAAGAUGCCCCUGGCAGCACGUCUCAAAGCCAGAGCCUUGCCACCAAUUAAGCCAGUCGUCGAUAAUGGCCGCAAUGAAAUUGUAAUUCGGAGACGGUCCAACAGCUAUCAAUAUACGGCACCAGCUCACCAUGAAGACCUCACAGCAUACAUCGCCGACAUGACGACUGAAGAUGCCUACAUCGCCCCACAGCCUCCAGUAGAGUCAAUGACUACAGUCACGCUUAAAUCAAUCAAGCUGAAGAAAGUGCCGUCAGAUGUACUCAACGAGAUGCCCGCUAUUUCAGGCGCUUACCAGAACCUUGAAUACCGAGCCAGCCUAUCUUUCUCGAUCGAUAACGGCGCCAACGAAGUCACAUACUCUUUAUAUACUAACCCUAUCUUCGUGACUCUACCAGUCUGCUACGGUGGCCCUCACAGAGUGCACCGACGGGCAAUCAAGAGAUACCAGCCCAUUCAGUUCGAUGUAGAGAUGUUGGAGGACCGUAUACCGGAUGAUGAAGAAGACCAAGAGGCUUGCAUGCUGAUCAAUGCUACAGGCAGAGGGGCUGAGAUUCUGGCGAGAGCGUGGUGCUGUGAAAGAGGGAAACAUGCGAUCAUUGUGCGGGAGAAUAGUACGUGUCUUGUAUGUGCUUUCAACUCUGCCGAGAGUCUAGAAAUUGGUGUGGUGAUCUGGGUAUAG